AUGGCCGGGGGGCCGGGCCCGGGAGACCCCGCGGUCCCCGGCGCCCAGCACUUCUUGUACGAGGUGCCGCCCUGGGUCAUGUGCCGCUUCUACAAAGUGAUGGACGCCCUGGAGCCCGCCGACUGGUGCCAGUUCGCCGCCCUGAUCGUCCGCGACCAGACCGAGCUGCGGCUGUGCGAGCGCUCCGGGCAGCGCACAGCCAGCGUCCUGUGGCCGUGGAUCAACCGCAACGCCCGCGUGGCCGAUCUCGUGCGCAUCCUCACGCACCUGCAGCUGCUGCGGGCGCGGGACAUCAUCACUGCUUGGCACCCUCCCGCCCCGCUUCUGCCCGCCAGCACCACCUCCCCGACACCCAGCAGCAUCUCCACACCCUCCGAGGCUGCGGUUCCCGGCCACCGGAAGUUGCCGUCUCUGGCCUCCACCUUCCUCUCCCCAGCUUUUCCAGGCUCCCAGACUCACUCUGACCCCGAGCUCUGCCCUGGACCAAACCCAGCUGCCCACCAGCCACCAUUGCCAUCUCCAGCCCCCUCAUCUACCAAGCCCAGCCCAGAGAGCCCCAUGCCCCUCCUGCCUGGGCCCCCCUCCUCUUCGUUCUGCUGGCCCCUUCAUGAGAUUUGCCAGGGCACCCACGACUUCUCAGAGGAGCUCAAGAUCGGGGAGGGCGGCUUUGGCUGUGUGUACCGGGCAGUGAUGAGGAACACCGUCUAUGCUGUGAAGAGGCUCAAGGAGGAGGCUGACCUGGAGUGGACCACAGUGAAGCAGAGCUUCCAGACCGAAGUGCAGCAGCUGUCGCGGUUUCGUCACCCCAACAUUGUGGACUUUGCCGGCUACUGUGCUCAGAGCGGCUUCUACUGCCUUGUCUAUGGCUUCCUGCCCAAUGGCUCCCUGGAAGACCGCCUCCACGUCCAGACACAGGCCUGGCCCCCUCUCUCCUGGCCUCAGCGACUGGACAUCCUUCUGGGCACAGCCCGGGCAAUUCAGUUCUUACAUCAAGAUAGCCCCAGCCUCAUCCAUGGAGAUGUCAAGAGUUCCAACGUCCUUCUGGAUGAGAGACUGAUGCCCAAACUGGGGGACUUCGGCCUGGCCCGUCUCAGCCGGUUUACAGGGGCCAACCCCGGCCAGAGCAGUAGUGUGGCCCGGACUCGGACGGUGCGUGGCACCCUGGCCUACCUGCCUGAGGAGUACGUGAAGACCGGGAGGCUGGCCGUGGACACCGACACCUUCAGCUUUGGCGUGGUGCUGCUGGAGACCCUGGCCGGCCAGAGGGCCGUGAGGAUGCAUGGCGCCCAGCCCAAGUAUCUGAAAGACUUGGUUGAAGAGGAGGCGGAGGAGGCCGGGGUGACCCUGAAGGGCACCCAGACCGCAGUCCAAGGUGGGCCGGCCGCAGACACGUGGGCCGCCCCAGUUGCCGCCCAGAUCUACAAGAAGCACCUGGACCCCAGGCCAGGGCCAUGCCCACCAGAACUGGGCCUGGCCCUGGGCCAGCUGGCUUGCUGCUGCCUGCACCGCCGGGCCAAGAGGAGACCCCCGAUGACCCAGGUGUACCAGACACUGGAGGAGCUGCAGGUGGUGGUGGCAGGGCCAUGCCUGGAGCCAGGGCCUGCCAGCCACAGCCCCCCUUCCCCGCAAGAGAACUCCUACGUGUCCACCAGCAGGAGCGCCCUGAGCCGUGCCAGCCCCUGGCAGCCCCUGGCGGUGCCCUCUGGGGCCCAGGCCCAGGCUACAGACUGGCCGCACAAAGGUGCCAACCAGCCCGUGGAGAGUGACGAGAGCGUGUCUGACCUCUCUGCUGCCCUGCAUUCCUGGCAUCUGAGCCCCAGCUGCCCUGCGGGCCCAGGGGCCCCCAGCUGGGUGCCAGCACCCCUCGGGCAGGCUGCCUGCACCCAGGGGGGUGCCGCCCGAGAGUCGAGCUGGGGGAGUGGCCCGGGUCUCCAGCCUACAGCUGUGGAAGGAUCCCUCCUGGGCAGCUCCACAUCCUCGCAGCCCCCGCAGAUCGUGAUCAAUCCGGCGCGACGGAAGAUGCUGCAGAAGCUGGCAUUGUAUGAGGACGGGGUCCUAGACAGCCUGCAGCUGCUCUCGUCCAGCUCUCUCCCAGACUCGGGCCAGGACCUGCGGGACAGGCAGGGGCCCGAAGAGAGAGACGAGUUUCGGAGCUGAAUCGCCCGCCUGGGCCGAUCCCCAAACCUGGAAGUCCAAGUUCUCAUGGUCGAAAGUUCUCAUGGCCCUCAACCCCUUGGCAGCCCACGGGCAUUGGGGGUGGGGGGAUUCCAUCCGCCUGGAGGAGGGUGUUUGGUGGCCCUGGCACUUUUGGGGUGUGGGCACAGGCUGGGCUUGGAGCCCCCCACCCUGAGUAGGACAGGGACAUCUUCAUGACCUGCCCUCAGUCCAACAUCUGUGGAAGCAGAAGGCCACUGGCCCUGGAGGGGCCAAGGAGGAGCUAGAGUGGGCACUGCCAGUUGGGCAGGGCAUCUGUAGCCCAGGGCUACAGGGCACAGAGCCAUCGAGGCAGGGUCCCUCCCAGCCUCGUAACUGGGAAAGACACAGGUCUGGCUGGCCCGUGGUUCAGUCCACAAGCUGGAAGUGGGGGUUCCAAGAGGCCCCGGGGAGUCCCACAGUGCCUCCCACCAGGCCAGUGUCUGCAGGCUGCCCUGGAGGACCAGGAGCUGGUCCGCUACCCAGGCCACCCCUCGGUACUGUGGACAGUCACGGAGCCAGGCUAGGCUCUCCAGACCACAGGCUCCGCCCCUGGGCACAGCUUGUGGCAGAGGGGUCACACCCCCCCCACUCCAGGUUUGGCUUGGCACACACCUUGUGUCACCCAGACAGUGAGAAGCCCCAAGAAGGCAGGAAGUUGGGAGCCAGGCAGACAGGAAGAAAAAGACAAGGGGACUCUCAGUUUUCGGAGCAAGUCAGGGUUUGUGUCACUGGGUGUCUCUGAGAGCAGCCCAGGGCUGUAGCAGAGGCUCCAGAUGCUUCUGUGUCUGCAGUCGUGAGUCACACUACAGGCCCCACGUAAGCGAGGCAUCGGUGGAAUCCAAGUUGUCCUGGAGUAAUAAAAGCUUACCCUUCCAUCUCUGGCUGUACUCGUAGACUUUGUGGCAAAGCCCUGAGCUUGUCCAGGGACUUUCUUCUCAGGGUUCUUGACUGUCCAAACCCAGACACCAGUCUCCCACCCCACCCCCAAAUCCUCUGCAGGUACUUGCUUCCUCUCCCAGUAAGCCACCAUGCUGGUGACAGGUCACACAACACUACUACCCAGGAGUACUUUCACAGGGUGUUACCUUUUCCCCUAUGUUACACAUUUUUAUUGUAAAUGGCAUCUUUAUUUCCUUUUCUAACUGCUUGUUACUCCUGUAUGGAAGCACAGUUGAGUUCUGUCCAUUGGCUUUGCUUUCUGUCACCUUGCUUCAAUUUACACAUUAGCUCUAAUAGUUUGGUAAAUACCGUGGGAUGGUUUAUGCACACAACCAUCUCAUGUGCAAAUAAAGACUG